AUGAACACAACUGUUCCCGCAUCAACUACUUACAAUAGCAGUCAGCAGGCUGUACACACCUCCGCUGCUUGCGAAUUCACAACAUUUGAAUUUGUAGGCUACUUCUACAUUCUCACGAUAGUCUGCUUCAUUGGAUGCAUUUUUAACUUCAUAAAUAUCAUCGUCUUUGCCCAGAAAUGUUUCCGUGCAACGGUUUACACUUACAUGUUAGCCAUCUCCUUAACGGACGCGAUUGCUCUCUUGGUGAAUCUGCCAACAGGUCUCGGAAGGUAA